UAAGAGAGUGAAAGGGGCUAAAAUCCUUCUUGAACUCCAUGGGUCUUAUUUAUGAACAGACACACAGAACUUGGCACUUCCUGGUUUUUUUUUCUCUUUCUCAUGGGAACACCUGCAGAAACUAUUUCUUGCUCUACGCUGUUUCAUUUAGUCAUCCCAGCUCCUAGGAACAUGUAGGCUGAAUGGAAAGGCAUUCACAUUUUGCACUGGGUGCUACUUUCAGACAGAUAACUGGAGCUGAAAAAUGCAGAGGAAGUUGGUUUUUCCUGUUGACAUGUCCUGUGCUGUGAGGUCCUCUAUUGCAAAGCCCUUCACUGACAACUAGAAGCAAUGAAUGGCCACGUUCCUCUACAAGAUGCAGAGCACAUUGAAUUGCAAAUAGGAAGGGAAGACGGAGAAGACACUGUGACCACAUCAGAUGAGCCUCUUCAGCCCCAGGUCCCCAGUUCUGUACAGGAUAAAGGCAGAUUGAAGUCAUGUUCCACGAUUGUAUGUUGGAAAUGCAAACUAUGGAUGGUUGCUGUGUCCAUUUUCUUCUUGAUAAUCUUUGUGAUUAUUUUAAUUUUAAUUUUUUAUCCAGUUGUUUACAUAGAUGAAGAUGAGUAUUGGGAUCCUGAAUCAAUAGCAAAUGGUAACCGUCAUAAUUUCUCAGGGAUGUUAAAAAUCCAUUGUGCUGCUCCUCAGCUGCUGCUUUCAGACUUGAAAUAUGAUUUGCUUUCUGAGUACCUCCAUAAGAGGCUUACAGAUGUUUAUAGUAAUUCACCAGCUCUUGGGCGAUAUUUUAUCUCUGCUAAAGUCAUCUCCAUCAGUGAAGAAAACGGUACAGUAUCUUACCACUUGUCGUUCUCAGUGCCAUCUGAUGAGACGGAGGAAUUCAUGAAAUAUAGAAUGAGUAAACACUUUCUGAUGAAUGUUUUAAGGCAAGAUAUUUAUGACAAGGAGGAAUUAGAUGGUGUGGACAUAUCUGGAUGUACAAACAUGACACUUGAUCCAACAUCUAUUUCAUUAAAACAAUUACAGGCUGACACUGCAGGAGGAUGAACAGGAUGUAAGCUGCUAGAUUUCCAGAAUGAUCCUGGAGGAUUUUUUGAGACAUGGUACACCCUAUACAACUUCUUUUGUUCAAACACAUUUCAGCCGAACAUUCCCAGUGUGCUCUCAGAUCUCAUGUGCCAAUCAACCACUAAUAGAAAACUGGAUUGCCAUCUGGACAAGACGGUGGUGCCAUGCAAGGCUACCUAAAUGGCCAUGUUAGAAAUGCAGUUUUGGAAUUAUGUAGAGACUCACUGAAUUAUUCAGAUCACAACUGAUGCUGCUUAUUUGUCACAUUUUCCAAAUGUUAUAAACUUCAAAAGAAAAUGGACACAUUAAAAUGCCCCUUUUUGGCCUGGAGCUGUUUCUUAAUAGUAUGAGACCAAAGUUGCUAAGUUUGAUGAGAAAAGCUCUGAAUCAUUUGGUAUUUACUUUGCUUUCUCUGUGAGGAGGGUGUUUCCAGGAUUCUAAGCUUUGUGUAGUGAAAGAGAAACAAACGUGCAUUUGUUGUAUGAUGAUGUUUACAGAAAGAGGCCUCCCAUAUAGGGAAUUAAGUUUCUUUUUUAUGCCUUCAGCUUCACAUUCCUCUUAUGCAGGCUGAAACAUGCUGCCUGUGAGGGUGUUUAUAUGUCUUUCUUCAUCUAUUUUCUCCUCAUGAGG